AUGGUUCAAAUUUCGGGGAACAAUGUGGUAAUCAAGGGCGCCCUGGGGAGCUUCUUCGACGGAGGUGGCCCCCUCUACUGGGACGGUCUUGGAAACAACGGUGGUGGCCCAAAGCCCGGAAUCUUCAUGAAACUUAGCCUUAAGAACGAAUCCCUCGUGACGGACCUCUAUGUUCUCAACACUCCUACACACGCCAUCGAUGUCGACGGAGUCUACGACUCAACCGUCCAGCGGAUCAUCGUCAAUAACUCCCUGGGAGAUGCCCCCAAUGCCAUCAGCAACGGCCUUUCGGCUGGCCACAACACCGACGCCUUCGACGUCGGCAAUGUCGAGAAUUUGCUCAUGCAAGACAUCCAAGUCUGGAACCAGGAUGACUGCGUUGCCUUGUCCGUCUCCAACAACGUCACCUUCCGGAAUUUCUACUGCUCGGGCAGCCACGGCCUCUCUAUUGCCGGGGGAGGAAAUGGACCGGGCAAUAACGUCACCAAUAUCCUUUUCACCGACUCAGUCGUCACCAACUCAUCCUACGGCCUACGCAUCAAAACAGACUAUAACGCGACGGGCAGCGUAGUCAACGUCACCUACACCAACAUCUUUGUGUCCAAUAUCAAGGCCCAGGGUAUCGAUAUCGAGCAGGACUACCUCAACGGCGGGCCCAACGGCCUUCCAACGAACGGUGUCGCGGUGCAUAAUAUCACGUAUAGGAACGUCACGGGAUGGGUAGCCGAGGGAGCCGCGGAUUACUAUGUCCUCUGCGGAGUGGGCAGUUGUAAAGAUGUCAAGUACGAGCAUGUGAGGAUCACGGGCGGCACAGUCGAGAGUAGUUGUAAUUAUCCAUGA